AUGUCGGCCGACGCGGGCCCCAGCUCUGCUGCCCAGCCGAACCUCAACCUGACUCCCGACGAGAAGCGACUCUAUGGCCAGCUCUUCCGCCAGGCAGAUACUGAUGGCGUUGGUGUUGUCACUGGCGACGUCGCCGUCACCUUUUUCGACAAAACACGUCUCGAUUCCCGUGUCCUAGGAGAAGUCCGCGCUUACCAUAUCUGGCAAAUCGCCGACAAGGAAAACAGAGGCUUCCUCACGCCGACCGGCUUCGGCAUCGUGUUGCGCCUCAUCGGCCAUGCCCAGGCCGGCUCCGAGCCAACGCCAGAACUUGCCCUGCAGCCUGGACCUCUACCUCGAUUCGAUGGCUAUGCGCCGCCUCAAGUUACCUCUCCCAUAACGGCCCAGCACUCCGGCUCCCCGGCCGGAGCUCGCAUCCCGCCACUGACGCCAGAAAAGAUUACACAAUACAGGACCUUAUUCGACCGUCAGCCGCUCCAAGGCAGUUUGCUCCCAGGAGAGCAGGCUCGCUCAAUCUUUGACCGAUCCGGGCUUCCGAACGAGACCCUCGGUCGCAUAUGGGCGCUUGUUGAUACCGAACAGCGCGGCGCGCUCUCUGCGCCUGAGUUCAUUGUCGCGAUGCACCUUCUCACGUCGACAAACUCUGGCGCCCUUCGCACACUUCCUACAGUCCUACCUCCUACUAUUCUCGAAGUCGCCGCUGGUCGUGGUCCUGGAAGACAGUCGCCACGUACUAGCAACGCCGGUCUUCCCCGCCUCUCCGGUCAGCAGCACCGCACGGCUAGCCCUCUUGGACCUGGCCCGCAACCAGGCAGCGACUGGCUUGUGACCUCUGCCGACAAGGCGAGAUUCGACCAGCUCUAUGCUACUCUAGAUAAGACAAGCAAAGGCUACAUCACGGGCGAGGAGGCCGUUCCCUUCUUGAGCCAGUCCAAUCUUUCUGAAGAUGCCUUGGCCCAGAUCUGGGACUUGGCCGAUGUGAAUUCACAGGGCCAGCUGAACCGCGAUGAGUUCGCCGUUGCCAUGUACCUCAUCAGACAGCAGAGGCUCAACCCAUCCACGCCGCUUCCCACUACGCUGCCUCCCAACCUUAUCCCACCUAGCAUGCGAAGCCAGGCGCGCCAGCCUCCCGUCGCCGCUUCGCCGUUUGAUCCGCCACCUAUGACUAAACCCGCGCCGCCGCAGCCAAAAUCCGCCAUGGAGGACUUGUUUGGCCUCGACACAACACCGGCGCCUCCCGCACCACGACAGGACCCCAUGUCCACUGGCGGUUCUGGAAGCGACCCUUUUGCUGGUGGCCCUGCUAUCCCGUCUUCACCCACCCGCGGCGGGAACACAUUCAAACCAUUUGUUCCCAGCUCGUCCUUCGGCAGGGGUCUCACUGGCUCGCCCGUUACAUCUCAGCCGCCUGCCUCCGAAGAUCUUUUGGCUGACAACAACCCCGAGGAGACCAGGAAUAUCAGCAGCGAGAGCACUGAGCUUGCCAACCUUUCGAAUCAGAUCAGCACACUUUCCACGCAGAUGCAGGAUACGCAGUCCAAGCGCACAGCCACUCAGAAUGACCUGAACCAAACAAACACCCAGAAGCAAAACUUCCAGCAAAGACUUGCGCAACUACGCACGCUCUAUGAAAAGGAAGCCCAAGACACACGCGCGCUGGAGGAGCAGCUUCGGACUUCCAGGGCCGAAACGCAGAAACUACAAGGCGAAUGUAUGACUCUCGAGGGCAGCCUGUCGGAUGCCCAGGCCCAGCGACAGCAAGUUUUGAGUGCACUGCAAUCCGAUCAGCAGGAAAACACCAGCCUCCGUGAGCGCAUUCGGGUAGCCAAUGCCGAGCUCACGCAGCUGAAACCUCAGAUUGAAAAGCUCAAAAUGGAAGCUCGCCAGCAGAAAGGGCUGGUAGCCAUCAACAAGAAGCAACUUCUUACCACAGAAGGGGAGCGUGACAAACUGAAGGCAGAAGCAGCUGAUUUAAGCAAAGCGCCGAGUGAGCAGACGUCGCGUGGAGGCGAGUCUAGCUCUGUGACCGAUGCUGCUGCUGCUGGUGUCACCAGCCCUGCGCUUUCGACUGCGAGUGGAAACAACCCUUUCUUCAAGCGCACUGCUAGUUCCGACAUCAUGGGCGUCUUCUCAACCCCUUCCGGCACAGAUGAAAUCUUCGGUCCCUCCGGAGCCGCAUCCGGACCUGCCCCUGCCCCAUUCCGACCUCAGACCACCGGAACCUCGACUGCAAGCGCUGGGUCUUAUUCCACUCCUCCCAGCGGCACACCUGUCAUGAGUCGCCAGACUACUCUGCGCGUGGAUAAUCCACCCCCUCCACCAGAGUCACGUCAGAUUAGUUCUAGCUUCCUGCCUUUCGGCGGUCAGAGUGAGUCUGUCUCAUCUUCUCGUCAAGUCUCACCACCAGCUUCGCGAGCCGAUGGCUCAGUUGCCGAUGGGCCGGCUCCUACUAGCAAGUCAACUGAAGAGGGCAGCAAAGAGGAGGACGCAAAGACUCCAACUGCAGGCGACGGCAAGGCUAUUGCAAGCCCUGGCAAGGAAAAGUCGGCACCAUUCGGCGACGACAAGGACAAGGCCAAGGCUGACUUUGACAAUGCCUUUGCAGCCUUCACGUCCGCCAAGUCUACUACUCCUGCUGACACUGCCGCUGCACCAAAGACAAAGUCGGCGUCCGACACUGAAUUCCCCCCCAUCUCUGAGAUUGAGCGUGACGAGGACUCUGAUUCUGAGAGCGAGCAGGGCGGCUUUGAUGACGACUUCGCCCCCACCUCCCCAGGGCAGGCCAAGACCGGCCAAAAGGCCAUCGCUCCCGUCGAGGAAAAGACGGAGAAGCCCGCCGAGGUUUCCAAAGAAGAGGAGCCUAUCUCUCCCACAACCCUGCCUCCUACCACAACUACUCACAGCUCAUCUGUGGACGAUAUCUUUGGUCCAUCUGCUUCAAGUACCGCAGCCGCGGCUCCCGUCCCAGCUGCGCAGGCAAAGGGUGUAUUUGAUGACCUAGAUGAUGACUUUGAGGGACUGGAGGAAGCAAAGGAAGGCUCUGCUGAUGAUGACUUUGCCAACAUCUCCAGAUCUGGCUUUGAGGACUAUAAUCCCAUGCUCGAUAGCCCGCCCGCAAGUCAAGCCAGGGGUGAGCACAGUGCCUUUGGUAACGAAAGCAGCUUCGACUUUAUCCCUUCCAACCCUGCCGGCGCCGACUCCAAAGCGGCUGAAUCGCACGACUGGGACGCCAUCUUUUCCGGCCUCGACUCGGCCGACCCGAUUGGCAGCACGGCCGCCGAUGCCACGAAGGAAGAGGGCAAGACGACCGACCGCCCCGCUGCCGUUGGGCGUGCCCUGACCGACAAGGGAGAGCACGACGAUCCGAUCUUGAAGAGCCUGACCGGCAUGGGUUAUGCGCGACCGGACGCCCUUGCUGCGCUGGAGAAGUAUGACUAUAACUUGGAAAUGGCGGCCAACUAUCUUGCUAGCAAAUCUUAG